ACUAGAUUUAGGGUUUCGACGCACCGAAGGCUCGGUGAAUUAUAUCAGCGCUUCGAAAUUCGUCGCCGAACAAGUAUUUGUCUUUGUAUUUCUCGCUUUGAAUCUUAAUUUUAGCUCAUUGAAAUUGGAUUCCGUUUCUUCCAUGGCCAAUUAGCGAUGUUCAAGAUCGCAAUCGGUCUCCAGGUUUGCUCACUUGGUUUUGCAGUAAAGCGAGGAGGCCAGUUUUCCAUGUUGUCAUCGAACGCUUGGUUUUUAGCGUGGAUGAAUGUUGCUGCGAAGAGAGCUGCAGAAGUAGCUCUUCAAAAAUUUAGGGUUUAGGGCUUAUGCGAUCAGGCUUUACGAUUCAAUCGUGAUGCAAUGUAGUUGGUUUGACUGGUAAUUGAUGCGUCUGAGCGGAUUGGACCAUCGAUUGUAAUCAUGAGCAUUGGACACGGAAUCGUACGUCACCUCAGAUCAUUUUUGCGGCAAAAUGUGGGUGUUUCCUUGGUUUCGCAACGAAGAGUUUCGGUGGCAACCUUUAAGCUUGACAGUAGAGGCAAGGAUGGCAAUAAUUGGAAAACAUUUCCAUCUGAUCCAUCCGAGGAAGUCCGACAAGAGCCCUGGCUGAAGGCUGCUAUGGAUACUCUUAACCGUGAGCUUAUGCGGCAGGGUACAUUUAUCCGAGGCAAGUCCAUCGAUCCAUCUCUUAUACCUAUUUCCCCAGCUGUUGAAUACGAGAAAAUAUUUGAACCACACUAUCUUGAAUGUUCCCAUGGAUUUCGACCGGGCCUUUCUCAGCACACUUGUCUCAAGCAAAUACGUCGUGACUUCCAGGGUACUGUUUGGUAUAUAAAAGGGAAUAGUUUGUCAAAGUAUUUUGAUAAAAUUCCACCUGACAAAGUUGAGCGUCUCUUGAAGAAUAAGAUCCAAUCCAAGAGCGUCAAAGCUUUGGAGAAAAAUCUGAUGGCAAGCCUUAGGGCAUCAGCGCGGCGAGGGAUCAUGAAGGACGGAUUUGAUCCUCUUGCUUCAAACAUAGUGCUUCACGAAGUAGACACUUUUCUUAUGCGUCUGAAGAGUAUAGUUGACAGGGGACGGCGCCAGUCUGCUACUCCUGCGGUCUUCAACGUCCAAAGAAAUGCAUUGGCUCUCGAUCGAACUGCUUAUAGGAUGGUGACACAAAACAAUCGAACUAUCUCCUUAGGGCCUCCUCAAGAUCCUUACUUACGACGUAUCACCUACACCCGGUUUGCUGACGAUUUUUUAAUUGGUAUCAUAGGACCUCGAGUUCUUGCAGUGCGGAUACAGGAACUAGUUAUCCGAUUCUUGAGGGUCAAGCUUGGAAUGCAGCCUGCACCUGACAGCUUUGAAAUAUAUCGAGCCAAAGACAGCAAAGUGCCAUUUCUGGGAUACCUCAUGAGCAGAAAUCCCGACAGGAUUCGCAAAUUUUGUCGUCGACAGGGUGACAAGUGGAUUACAUACAGGAUUGAGGAUAUUGGUACUCUUUGCUUUCUUGUGGACAUGGAUAAGGUGAUUAGACGUCUGGCAGAGAAGGGGUUCUGCGAUAAGAGUGGCAAUCCGAUACCCAAUUUCAAAUAUUACCAGUAUCCUCAGGAUAAGUCUGUCAAGGUUGUCGGUAAUAUAUUGAGGGGACUUGCUGAAUAUUACCAUCUCGCUGAUUCUAAACGCCAAUGCGUCAACCGCCUCAGCUACAUUAUGCGGUCAUCAUUGGCUAAGACAUAUGCAGCCAAGUUCAAACUGGGUUCUUCAGCGAAGGUUUUUAAGAGGGGUGGUAAAGAUUUAUCGAGGCCCAUUAAGGUUAAGGGUGAUUCCUCAUCGAAUCAGAGAAGUUCACCUGCUGGGAUGUAUUCUGUGGGUAAGCGGAGUGAUAGAGUCGAGGGAUCUAGACGUUCUCCAGCUUUCCCUUUCACAAAGUACCGAGAAAUUUCUCGCCCUGAUAGAAUGGGUCUAACGAGGGACUGGGAGCGGCAGAGGACGACACAUCGUUCCAAGCGUGGGUGAAGAUUUAGGGCACUCAUAUUACACGGUACAUUGCUGCAUGAAGAAGGAACGAGUGUUUUUCAUUCUAUACAUGUGUGACCAUCUUCGAUAUGCAUCGUGCAUGAGAAUAGCAUAUGAUCAGGUUCAUGACUAGCAUCUAUGGGUGGAUGUCGAGGCUGCUUAGUCAACCAGAGUGGCACCAACAUAUUGGCACCAAAAGAACUCUUUAUAGCGACUCCAAUUUCAUAGAAGGUCAGGGUUGUAAUCUGUUACCCGAGGUUGGGCGUUGUGAAGAGCUGUUAGAAGUAAAGCAAGUGACAGGUCAUGCAGCACUUGUGGCCUUUUUUUCUGACCGUACAUUUUUUCAACGCUGUGCGAAUGGAUACUGGAGAUAUUUCCGGGUUUAAGAGCACUCUUUGAAUCCAUGCUUUUAUCCUUCACAUAUAUUUAAUUUAUGCAUAUUCAUGCUGUCCUUCUGAUUGCCCCUGAA